AUGGCGGAAGCUUUCGAAGCCUACGCCUACGUGGUGAGCGCGGGUGUCUUCGGCAUCCUGUUCGCGGCCUACCUCUUCUGGGAAGUGUCCAAGGUCAAGGUUACGCGCCGCGGUGAUGGCUACGCGCUGCUGGCGUCCGAGGUGCGCCACCAGACGGCCGACCGCCUGUUCGAGAUCUUCUGCGCCAUCCAGGAGGGCGCCCGCGCCUUCCUGCUGGCCGAGUACACGCUGUGCUUCGCCUUCAUCAUCGUCUUCGGCGCCGUCGUGCUCGUGCUCACGUCGUUCGUCAACAAGGACGGCAAGCAGUUCGACUGGCUCUUCGGCACGCUGAACGCCACGGCCUUCGCUGUCGGCGGCCUCACGUCCAUGGCCGCCGGCUACAUGGGCAUGAUGGUUGCCGUCUACUCGAACGCCCGUACCACGGUCUCGGCCAUGAAGGAGGGCGCCCGCGGCUGGCGCGACGCCUUCAACACGGCCUUCCGUGCCGGUGCCGUCAUGGGCUUCGGACUGAGCUCCAUGGCCCUGCUGGUGCUGUUCAUCCUGAUCAAGGCCUUCGAGACGCAGUACCCGCUGUCGACCGACUACAAGAAGCUGUUCGAGGCUAUCUCCGGCUACGGCCUGGGCGGUUCCUCGAUUGCCAUGUUCGGCCGUGUGGGUGGCGGUAUCUACACCAAGGCUGCCGACGUCGGUGCCGACCUUGCCGGCAAGGUCGUGGAGAACAUCCCCGAGGACGACCCGCGUAACCCCGCUACCAUUGCUGACAACGUCGGCGACAACGUCGGUGACGUUGCUGGUAUGGGCUCGGACCUUUUCGGCUCGCUCGCCGAGUCCACGUGCGCGUGCCUGGUGAUCUCGACGCAGAGCCCCGAGAUCAUUGGCGCUGGCUGGCCCGCUGUCCUGUUCCCUCUGGUGAUUACGGCUACGGGCAUCUUCGUGUCCGCCAUCGUCAGCUUCCUCGCCACCCACGUGUGGCCCGUCAAGAAGGAGAAGGACGUCGAGACUGUGCUGAAGGUGCAGCUGUUCGGCUCCACUCUGCUCAUGACCAUCCUGAUCAUCCCCGUUGCCCUGUGGCUGCUGCCGUCGACCUUCUCGAUCGGUGGCUCGUUCCAGGUCACCCCGAUCCGCGCCUUCUACUGCGUUGCCGUCGGCCUGUGGGGCGGCUGCAUCGUCGGCUUCGUGACGGAGUACUUCACCUCGCACAGCUACCACCCCGUGCGUGAGGUUGCCCAGGCUUGCGAGACUGGCGCCGCCACCAACAUCAUCUACGGUCUUGCUCUUGGUUACAAGUCGGCUAUCAUCCCGAUCACGAUCAUCUCGCUCGCUGUGUACGUCGGCUUCUCGAUGGCCGGCAUGUACGGUGUUGCCCUUGCCGCUCUCGGCUUCCUGGGCACACUCGCUACUUGCCUGGCCAUUGAUGUGUACGGCCCCAUUUGUGACAACGCUGGUGGCAUUGCCGAGAUGGCUGAGCUGCCCGCUGAGGUGCGUGACAAGACCGACGCUCUGGACGCUGCCGGUAACACGACGGCUGCUAUCGGCAAGGGUUUCGCCAUUGGUUCGGCUGCUCUUGUGUCGCUGGCCCUGUUCGGUGGCUUCGUGACCCGUAUUGAGGAGACCUCGAUCAACAUCCUGUCCCCGAUCACGUUCGCUGGCCUGUUCAUGGGUGCUAUGCUGCCGUACUGGUUCACCGCCCUGACGAUGAAGUCGGUUGGUGUUGCCGCAAUGGAGAUGGUCAAGGAGGUGAAGCACCAGUUCGCCACGAUCCCCGGUCUUCUUGAGGGUCUCCCCGGCCACGGUCCUCCGGACCACGCCCGCUGCAUCAAGAUCUCGACGGACGCCUCUCUGCGUGAGAUGAUCCCGCCUGGACUUCUUGUCAUGCUGUCCCCCAUCGUUGCCGGCACCUUCUUCGGUGUGCACGCCGUGUCUGGUCUGCUUGUCGGCGGCCUGACCUCGGGUGUGCAGCUCGCCAUUUCACAGUCGAACACUGGUGGCGCCUGGGACAACGCCAAGAAGUUCGUGGAGAAGGGCUGCGUGUCCAUUGAGGACAAGGACGGCAAGCUCAUCGUGCAAGGCAAGGGCAGCGCCAUCCACAAGGCCGCCGUUAUCGGUGACACCGUGGGUGACCCGCUGAAGGAUACCUCGGGCCCCGCCCUUAACAUUCUGAUGAAGCUGAUGGCUAUCAUCUCGUUGCUGAGCCCGUCUACUUCAAAAGUGGGCUCCCCCUAA